AUGGCCGACUGCGUGACGCUCACGCUGCGAGGCGAGCGAAUCCCGCUGUGCAAUGCCGUGUCUUCUGUGUACAAUGAGGAUCGACAUGAGCUGCUGGUGGUCACACCUACCGCGCUCUACCUGUACAGCAACAUGCUGACUGCAGGAGGAGAUCUGCUGGCGACUCUUGUGGCGGAGGAGAACGCACACUACCAGUUCGCUCUACAUCUUCCCUGGCUGGAUGCCUACUCCGUCGUUGUGGCCACUUCGACGGGUCAAGUUGAGCACAGAAUCGUCUGCUCAGACCUCAGAGCGUCGCUGACGUCACACACGCUGGUGGAAAAGGACGGGGGACAAUUUUACACGGCGCUGGCGAAUCCACGCCGACGGGAGCUCGUAACUACAGACACAGACGGAGGGAUCAAAGUGUGGGCACUACGCGUAAUCGCUACGGCACAAAACACUGGCGGAUUUAAGGGCGUGUUGCGAGUGCAUACAGCUGCAAAAUCGCAGGUCAAGAAGACCCACUAUCGCCACCUUCGAAUGAGCUAUGACGGGCAGAAAGUUUUUGCUGCUACGAGUACUGUAGUUCACGUAUUCGACGCGGCGUCGUGCCAGCGUUUUCCUUGUUGUCUGCGCAAGGACCGACGCACCAUUUUCAGCUUGGAGAGCGGCAGCAACGACAACAGUAUCUAUCUCGUGUACAAAACCAAUUUGAGGUGA